UCACCUCGUGAAUCCUCUCCCUCCACUUUUGCGUAUAAAAUUAAUUCUUGGUAACCCUUUUCGUUCCCAACUUUCCCUUUCCCUUUGUCUUUUCUUUUCUUUGUAUUUACAGUUCUUCGGGAGCAGCUGUUUCCAACAGCAAAACAAUGGCUUGGUUACUCUCUAUUUGCUUUACUCUGAUUUUCUCUCUUUGUAAUGGCUCUCGUACUCCAGUCUUUUCCGCAUCCCUGGAUGGAUUUGUAGGCAAUGGUAACUUUGAACAAGCACCCAAGAAAGAGAACCUCAACAAAACGGUGAUCCUAGGAAAAUAUUCACUUCCAGGAUGGGAAAUCGAUGGCCUGGUGGAGUUUCUCUCCGGGGGGCCACAACCUGGUGGGUUUUACCUUCCGAUCCCUCGUGGAGCCCAUGCCGUGAGGCUUGGUAACGAGGCUUCCAUCUCUCAGAAUGUGAAUGUGAAGCCUGGGUACAUUUACUCUCUCACCUUUGGUGCCACAAGGACUUGCGCACAAGAUGAGGUUCUCAGGAUCUCAGUCCCUGGCCAGACGACAGACAUCUCCAUUCAGACCCUGUAUAGCACAGAUGGAGGCGACACCGUUGCGUUGGCCUUCAAUGCAACAGCUAAAGUAGUAAGGAUGAUAUUUCAUAACCCUGGGGUUCAAGAAGAUCCAACUUGUGGACCUCUCUUGGAUGCCAUUGCAAUCAAAGAAAUGCCUCCUCUAACAUAUACCAAAGGUAACCUUGUAAAAAAUAAUGGUUUCGAGACUGGUCCGCAUACCUUCAAGAAUUAUUCAACAGGGGUCCUCCUGCCUCCGCAGAAGCAAGACAAAAUUUCACCACUCCCAGGCUGGAUCAUUGAAUCCCUAAAGCCAGUAAAAUACAUCGACAAGAAGCACUUCUCGGUUCCUUCAGGACUGUUCGCCAUCGAAAUGGUUGCUGGAAGAGAGAGUGCCAUCGCCCAAGUCAUCAGAACGGUCCCAAGCAAAUUCUACACCCUCACAUUCUCGGUUGGGGAUGCCAAGAACGGUUGCCAUGGAUCAAUGAUGGUCGAAGCAUUUGCUGGGAAGGAUACUCUCAAAGUUCCAUACGUAUCUCAAGGAAAGGGUGGAUUCAAGACAGCAAGUUUUAAAUUCCAAGCAACAUCAGGCAGGACGAGGAUUACAUUUUACAGUGCCUAUUACCACACCAAGUUGCAUGAUUUUGGUCAUAUGUGCGGCCCUGUCUUGGACGAUGUGCGGGUUCUCCCUGUCUCUUAGUCAAAAAGUUUAAAAAGUGUUUGUUUGCCACAAGAUCUACAACUUUGGAGAUUUGGUGUCUUAUCUUUUAUUAUCUUGAUGACUGAUUUUGUACCUGUUUAAGUUGCAAUAGUGUGAAACUGUGAAAUGAGCGAUAGUUUAGAAUAAAUUAUCAUUGCCAAGUUUGUUUUCAUU